AGUCAGCGCCAGCGGUCUCCGCCUGCCAGGCGCGGCACCGCCUCCGGAGCGGGUGCAGGCCCCCGGCGUGCAGGAGGGGGGCGCUGUGGCCUCGGCGCGGGGACUGAGCCUGCGAGCCAGACCCGCCUCCUUCCCCUCCCCUCCCGCCCCCCACGCGUCGUGUCGCCGGAAAGCCGGGAGGAGACAGAGCUCUCAGGCUCCACAGCGCUCGGCCCGCAGUCCUCCGAUCGCGCGGAGCAGAGCCGGGUGGCUACGCCAGAGCACUGACCGCGAUCCUCCCCCGCCGCCUUUGUCUGCGAGCCGAGCGGCCUGGAACCGCGGCUUUCGGGGGCGGGGGACGCGCCCGCAGCGGUCGGUGACAGCUCCUCCUUCCCGGUGGGCUCCGGGACGGAGGGGCGUUUGUGCCGGGCCCUGCUCGCCCGCGCCUGCACAUCCAAGAGCUCGGACCGAUGCCCCCACAGCAGGGGGACCCCGCAUUCCCCGGCCGCUGCGAGGCGCCGCCUGUGCCGCCCCGCCGGGAGCGCGGGGGGCGUGGGGGGCGCGGGCCCGGGGCGUCUGGGGGCCGGGGGCGCGCGGGCGGCGCGGAAGGGCGCGGCAUCAAGUGCGUGCUGGUCGGCGACGGCGCGGUGGGCAAGACCAGCCUGGUGGUGAGCUACACCACCAACGGCUACCCCACCGAGUACAUCCCCACCGCCUUCGACAACUUCUCGGCUGUGGUGUCUGUGGAUGGGCGGCCGGUGAGACUCCAGCUCUGUGACACUGCAGGACAGGAUGAGUUUGACAGGCUCCGGCCUCUCUGCUACACCAACACGGACAUCUUCCUGCUGUGCUUCAGUGUGGUCAGCCCCUCCUCCUUCCAGAACGUCACGGAGAAGUGGGUGCCCGAGAUCCGGCGCCACUGCCCCAAGGCCCCCAUCAUCCUCGUCGGAACGCAGUCGGAUCUCCGCGAAGAUGUCAAAGUCCUCAUCGAGCUGGACAAGUGCAAAGAGAAACCGGUGCCCGAAGAAGCGGCGAAGCUGUGCGCCGAGGAGAUCAAAGCCGCCUCCUACAUCGAGUGCUCGGCCUUGACUCAGAAAAACCUCAAAGAGGUCUUUGACGCGGCCAUUGUGGCUGGCAUUCAGUACUCGGACACACAGCAACAGCCAAAGAAGUCCAAAAGCAGGACUCCGGACAAAAUGAAAAACCUCUCCAAGUCCUGGUGGAAGAAGUAUUGCUGUUUCGUAUGAUGCUGGCAGGGGACCCAGAAAGACUUUUCAGAUGAAAUCGAUAUUAGGAGCUAUAUUAGCUUCGAGGACUCCCUGUACGGUGUGCAACCUGUUUAGAGAACCUGUGUGGGUAUCCCGGGGCGGGGGGGCCUCUCCAUGUAUGUAUUCUUUCUUGCCUUUGAUUUUCCUUGUUGUUUGUCUGAGCUUAGGGAUGAGACUCAUAUGCAACGCAUUUUUGAAGUAAGUUAAGCAUUUUUCAUAAUGUUGAAGAUUUAGAGCUCUAGACCUUUGGGUUGAUUUAUAUCUAGUAGGAGAAAGACACCUCAAAUCUGGGUGUGAAGACUGAAAUUUUGCUGCGUGAUCACGUACAGAAUGCAGUGGUCUCGUUAGCUCUCUCUUGAUCAUAGGCCGGCUAUCCGGAGAACCACUCUUAGCUUUGAAACUCCAUACUUUUUAUUCUUUUUUUUAAGGAACAAAAAUCAGAAAAAAAUGAGAGACCUCUGCCUACGAAACCUCAAAGCAGUCACUCUGCUAAUAUUCGGUUGCUGAAGAUUUAAAAAUAACCAACACAACCAACCCACUCACUCUGUAGCACUGUGUAGACCAAAAGGAAAACAUUGUUUAGUGGGAUUUUUCCAUUCUGAGACCAUUUCUGCUGAUGCUGUGUAAACAUAGCCUGUACCUCGUGUGGACUAAAGCAAGUGGUAGCCGGUAGCAGACACAUUUUCUUUAGGGAGUGAUUCAUCUCGAAAUCAAAAUGGAUGUCAGCAGUUAGUCCACACGCACCAAAUUGCCCAGGCAUUAGGGAGCACCUGUCCAAAUUGUUUCCAAACUUCCAUCCGUACGCUGUCCCUUCUGCAAGGGUGUGAGCCCUCUUCAAAAGCCUACAGCGAAUGUUUGUGGGACACAGCAUGCACCUUUUUCUUUAAGUAGCCCAAACGUGCUUGUGCACACGCACACACACAUACAUGCAUAUGGCUGUAUUCGCUGCCGAUUCGGACGUUCAGACAGUGAAUGGGGGGGAAAGGCAUGGCCACAAACACAGAUCGAGGGGCCCGCGGCUUCCUCUUCUGGUCGACACUUUUUGGAACAGAUUUGUUUUUGAUCACACGCAGUGACUUUCAGGGUAUCUGAACACAUUUUUGAGACCAUCUUAAAACAAAACAUGAACAUCUCUCAGAACCUGUUUUAAACUCUGUU